ACUUAAAGCGGCGAGUUUGAACGGUGACAGUCGGAUUACGCACAGCUCAUUAUCAGCUUACGUUCGUUUUUCGGCAACCUGCAGCUGAAACGGUAGUGCUCACAUGUCAGAUUAAAUGUACAUUUUAUCCAAUUUUAACUGAGUAUGCUGAAAAACAAUGACAAGAGAACCGCGAAGGACGAUAAUGCUGCGUACACUGACGUGGACAGUACAACACCACCACCAUGUGCAAAGCGACCCCGGAUAGAUGCCUGGAACGUGACAAUACAGCCGGACAACUGGACAGUUGAACAAAUGAGGAAUUAUUUAGAAAGCUGUGGCCUUCGGGAUAUUGGGCAGGUCUUCAAAGUGCAAAAAAUAUCGGGAGACUCUAUUUCAUCAAUAACGGAGAAGAAACUGGAAGAAAUGGGUAUACAUGACAUGCACACAAAGUGGAAGACCCUUGCAGCUUUGGAAGAACUUGAGCCAUGUCCUGCACUUUCGCCUUGCAAAGAUUCUACAUUAUGUAAAGUGUUCAACGACCCGAUACAUGGCCACAUUGAACUCCACGCACUGUGUGUCAAGGUUAUUGAUACGCCACAGUUCCAGCGCUUACGCUAUAUCAAGCAGCUUGGGGGAUGUUACCUGGUGUUUCCAGGGGCAUCACACAAUAGAUUUGAGCACAGCAUUGGUACGUGUUAUCUGGCAGGUGAAAUGACAAGGGCUCUAAAGAUGAAACAACCAGAGUUGAAGAUUACAGAGGAGGACAUUCUCUGUGUGCAGUUAGCCGGGCUCUGUCAUGAUCUAGGUCAUGGGCCAUUUUCUCAUUUGUUUGAUCAGUGCUUCAUACCAGCAGUUGAUCCAGAAAGUCCUUGGGAACACGAGAAGGCAUCAGUAGCCAUGUUCCAGUAUCUCUUGGACGAUAAUGGUUUGAAGGAGGUGUUCAAUGUGUAUGGAUUGUUUGACAGAGACAUUGAGUUCAUUAAAGAACUAAUCAAUGGACUCCCAAAACAGAAGGAAGGCGAAAAAGACUGGCCCUGCCUGGGAAGAGGACGCAAGAAGAGCUUUUUAUAUGAGAUUGUGGCAAACAAGCGCAAUGGAAUUGAUGUGGACAAAUGGGACUAUUUUGCUCGAGACUGUCAUAAUUUGGGAAUUCGCAAUAGUUUUGACCAUGAUAGGUUCAUCAAGUUUGCACGCGUCAUAGAUGUUAAUGGACUGCAGAUAUGCUCAAAAGAUAAGGAGGCAGGCAACUUGUAUGAGAUGUUUCAUACUCGUAAAGCACUGCAUGAGAGGGCAUAUCAGCACCCUGUGAAUAAAGUGGUAGAGUCCAUGAUUACUGAGGCACUGGUAUUGGCAAAUGAUCACAUAAAGUUUCGUGGUGAAAAUGGGGAAUUGAAAAAAAUGUCAGAGGCUGUGGACGACAUGGUAGCAUUCAGCAAAAUGACAGAUUCCGUUUUCGAACAAAUCAGGAUAAGUGAAGAUCCCAAGCUGAAAAAAGCCCAAGAGAUAGUGAGAAAGAUCCAAACAAGACAAUUAUACACAUGUGUUGGGCAGUCUUGGCCAAAGCCAAACUUUGAGGUUAAAAGGAUUGACAUUCCAAAGAUAUUAAGUGAACUGGAAGAAAUGGUAAAAGACGACUGUAAAUCACUUGACAUCAACAUGACGAAAGAUGACCUCCAUCUGCAUGUUGUGAAUUUGGAUUAUGGGAUGAAGAAAGAUAACCCUAUUGACCGUGUCCACUUUUAUUCAAAAGAAAAACCAAACGAGGCAGUCAAGAUCAGGAAAGAACAGGUGUCCAUGAUGCUUCCAAAUACUUUCUCGGAGCAGAUUAUUCGGUUGUACAUCAAAAGGCAUGAUGGAAAUCUUCUAAAGAAAACUGAAGUUGUCUCAAGACUUUUCAGCUGUUUCAGGGAGUGGUGCUCGAAAAAUGGCAUGAAUGAAGCAAAGAGUGGGAAGCUAGCUGUAGAGAUGACAUCUGUCAAGACCAAAGAAACCGCUAAUGACCAGGUGACACCGUGGAAAGGCAGUGAAGGACACGCUUCUAAGUCUGUGCAGGGAAAGUGUAAAGCCAAACAGAAAAUACUUGAUAAAUUCUGAUGUUGCACUGGAACUACAAAAUACAGCCACAAUUUUAGUCUGAACCAAAUUUCACUGGCCAACCUGUGUUGUUAAGAUUUUAUUUUUGUGUAUUUCAUGCCUUUUACUGUAUAAAUAACUCUUUUAUGUGCACAAUUGUUAGAGAAGGAGAAUGCUGUUUGUUUUCCAUGUUUUAGGUUAUUGUGAUAUUGUAAUAUAUAUGGAAUGUCUGCCAUUUUUAUGUUACAGACAUAACUGUCAUCGUUGUUUUCUUUAAUUUUUAUAUCUUUUUUUUUUCCAUUUCCAAACUUUUAUAUCUCCCAAUGAUUAUGCCUAUCUAGAGAUUUGAUUUCGUUUACUUUUUUCUGUUUGAUUUAUAUGCCUAUCCAGAAAUUUGAUUUCAUUUACUUUUUUUUCCGUGUGAUUACAAUAUUGCUAUAUUCGUUAGGGUAAUCCAUGCUCAGUUUUAAUCCAUUGUCACUUUGUCAAAGAUUGGCUUUGUUUUAUUAUGUAUUCUGUAAUUGAAAUAUGUAUUCCAUGGAGUAUUUUAUCCCUUUCAUUAUUUUCUUUUUAUUAUAACCAUAUUAUACUGUUGAAUAUUUUAGUUUUGAGUUUUGUUAAAUUUUGUGGUCAUGCAAACAUGGACGGUUUAAAACCACCCUGGUUGUGUGACCAUAAGUAUGAAGUGCCUUGAGAAGAUUUCUUUGCAAACAUCAGGCUAUUAGGUGCUUUUAUUGUUUUCUGGGUUUAUGUCAAUGAAAAACAGGAUAUUGGCAUACACAACAUGCAGUUUUAACCUUAGCACACUUCAUAUUUCUGUGCUUUUGCAAUUACAGUACAUGUUUAUAUCCUGCCCUUACAGGAUAUUUUAAUUUACAUUUUGGGUACUAGUACUCCACUAACAUGUAUGUUUUACAUUAAGUCUGCAUUUAAUACACCUUUGUUUUUUUCAAAGAGCAUAGCACAUGCAUGUGUAUUACUGUACACAUGUUCAAUGUGUCAUGCACCAUGAAUAUACAAAGUUUACACAGUAUUCUGUGAUAGGUCAUAAACAUUAAAUACUCACUACUCUCAGUCUACAGGACACAUUUGUUUUAUAAUCACCACCCACAUAAUUAAGUCAUUAGUAUUAAAUCUGUGUCAGUGCACAUGGAGUGCAAUAACUUUGUAAUAACUAAUUUGGUGAAGUUCACUGCC